GUGAGCAUGCUCCCUGCUCCGCGCCUUCUCCAGGAUUACUGCCUCAGCUACUCGGCGCCCGCCUUCCUCUUUGGCACGAUCGGGGGCGUAGCCUACAACCUCUGCGACAUAGACCUGUUCAGAUUCGUGUACAACCAGUUUUACGCCGCACCGCCGUACCUUGGAAUGUAUGUCAAUCAGGCCACCUGGCCGAGUGGCGCGUACGUGGCAGAAGGCACGCCGGCCGUCGCAACCUUCCUCUCGUCGCUGGCUGUCUACCCAGUGUUGAUUGCAAUUGGUGUCUCGAUGCUGCUCUCGAUGGGACACCGCCGGCUGCGCUCCCGCGGAUUGCUCCUUCGCACCCAGUGGUGCACGACCAACUCGUUCUUGCGCUACGCCAAACGUCCACAGUACAUCACGUCUCUGCCGCUCGAAGAGUCGAAUGCCAUCAAAAUUGGCGCCAAGCUCUUUUGCAAGCCGAGCACGAUGGCCCUCAUGGGCUACGGUAUCGUCGCCGAAGCGGAGACGGACCCGGCUCCGGGCGCCGCCAUGAAGCGUCCGCAGACGACAUUUGUUUUGGUCAGCAUAUACGCACUGCUGCCCGCGCUUCUCCACAAUAUUUGGCGCAUGCCAGUGUUCAUCGCGGGCGUCAUUCGCGGCAACCAGUUCGAACCUGCGGCAGCUAAAGCCACCCUCGACCGCACGCGCGAGUAUGUGCACAAGCGCGGGUCCUGCGUCACGUAG